CCUUGGCAACGGUUGUCAAGCGGCGGCGAACAUGGCGGCCAGCGAGCUGGACACCCUGGAGAAGGUGGCUGAACUUCAGCGGCAGCUGCACGCCAGCGAAUGUAAAAGACUGGAGCUGGAAAAGAACCUUUUGGCAUGCAGCAAGUCAGAUCAGUGGAUGCGAAGGAGUGUCAGAUUGAAAAGUUAUUUAAAUGAAGUGCGUGAACGGGAGAGAACAGCCCAACUUCGCAACCAACAAUUGCUGAACGAUUUUGAGAGUUUUCAAGCUCAGGUCACAGCAUUGACAGCAAGCUCAGACACAUGGAAACAAAUGAAGAUGGAAUAUGAAAAGCAGGUGGAAAGGUUACUUCCAGUUUGGAAGGAGAAGUUAAAGACUCAAGGAAUGGACAAGGAAAAAAACAUACAACAAGAAAGAAAUUCAUCAAGUCAAACAAGCACAAAUGUUGGCAAAUACCUGUCAAAGGGAUUAUAUCACACUGCCACUCACUUUAUGGGCCAGCCAACAUCAGAGACUGCAAAUGGAACAUGUUUGAGUCCACAACAAAACUAUUACCUGCCCAUGGAGAGCAUUUUAUCUCCUCAGCCAAACAGGCAGGUGGCAGCAAUGCAGUGUAAUUCAGUGAUGGACAACUUGAAGGUACUCACGUCAAGCAAGGGAAGGCAAAACUUCCAGACUGUUUCUGACACAAUGGACAAGAAGACAGGGCUUCCAGACUGUGAAGUAAUGCCACUCACUCCCAUAAUCUCUUCUAAAACUGCAAGACAUAACAAUGAAGCGAUCGAAAUUAACAGGAACAUUCGAGCAAAAGGUUCAGUUGGCAGUCUGGAAUUAGCUUCACCUGCGGCUCAGUUAGGGCCCAUUAAGGAAGAAAUGAAAGAAGGCACAAUGCAAAAGGACGUUAACAAUCAACUGCCAGAUAAAGAUAAUAUUCGUAACAAUCCCGCUACGCCUAAACAGACACCUGAGCAGUUUCAGAAAUUGCCCAUGGAUCCAGCACACGACUCUGGUAGUUUUGCCAUGACCCGACAAAGAAGCAAAGUCUUUUAUUUAGAAUCAAAAAAUUGCCAGAAUCAGAAUAAGGAUGCAGCCAAGGCUAUGAAAUCAAGAGAGGAUGUGCAGAGACUGGCAGAUGAGCUGUAUAAUUCAGAAAGUGGUGCAAGUACUUCUGGUAGCAGUGAAGAAUUGCACAUGGAGGAAUGUCUCGAAGACCCUUAUGCUUCCGUUCAAUAUCCUAAAACAACUGUAAAUGAUGAUUUAGUAAAGAGCAACAAGUCACCUUUUACCAAAGAUGAAAGGACUUCAUCUUCCAAAAAAGAACACAGUGUGCAUUCCAUAACUCUGCCACCAGUAAUAGACAGUGGCAAAUCAGUGAACAGCAAUCUUUGUGGAGAACCACAUGGACCCCCAGAACAGUCCCAGAAAGAUGAAGAGUGCCUUUCAUUUGAAGGGUUUUGUCACUUACUUCACUCAAUAGAAGAUGCUGUAGGGGGAAGAAAGGCUACCUAUUCAGAACUGUAUCACAUUUCUGCAAUAAGUAUUGAUAAACUGAAGGAAAUCACAAGGAUAUGCAACAGGAAAGGCAGUUUGAACAAGGAAACCCUAGAAGCCUGUGGAGCAGUUGUUCUUCACCAGCUCAGGGAACUGUCACGGGGUUCUUCAAAUGGCGCUCUGUUUCCUGACGAACUUUUGAAUAAGUGCUGCGAAGCAGUUGAUGAAAUUAAUUAUAGCUUGUCGAAACUACCUGCUGAAUCUGCCAGACUGUGGGACCAUUGGUAUUCUCACAUUCUUUCUUUGUUGGACCAUCAAUUAUUGAAUAUAGAUGAAGCAGCAGAGAUAUUUGGACCUUUAUUGGUUGCAGAGAACAGUAACUCAAAAAAGGCAACAGAGUUACUGAAGAAAAUCCUUUCAAAAGCAAUUGAAAACCAGUCUGUUCAAAGCAACGACUCUUCUUGCAAUUUAUCAUCCAUUUUCAGUGACAGUGCAGAAAUUAACACCGUAGACCCCAUGCCAUGGCUCCAUGUUAAUAAAACGAAGCAGCAAGCAGAAACAAGAGCAUAUGAACUUUUGAAACAAUCAGCGAUGCAGCCAAAUAAGAAGAAUGAUUCAGACUUGCAUUCACCAGUGAAAAGGAACAAAAAAUAUACCAAGAAGAUGAAAAGUAAUAAUGAUGAUAAUCAUGAAACUGAUUCCAGUGAAGAAAGUGCACCUUUCAGAUGUAAAAACAAACGUGUGGGAAGUAAUCCAGCAAAAUCUAAAGCUUUUUGGGGUGAAUCUGAUGACAGUGCAUCUGAUAUUGAAGCAAUUCUUCAUCCUAAAACUUCAGAUGUCUCAAAGGAUGAAGACGAUUUUAACGAUUUCUUUUCGUAACAAAGACUGAUUCUUUUACUUGCCAGAAGAGGCACUAUAACAUAACCAGGAUAUGAAUAUGAAUGUCAUGUGCUGAAACAAAAAAUUACUACAAUUCCUAAUGCUUACUUCUCUAAUAUUUGAUAUGUAUGCAAGCGUGAGAAAGCUAACAAUAGUGAAUCUUGCACAGUCGUGCAACAUUGCUGUGCUUAACCUGUGCUGAGGCCACAUUCAUGGAUAUUUACACAUAGACCCAAGGUAUUCCUUGCCAACAUAAAUUGUGCUUCAACCAAGUGAACAGUAUUGGAAGGAUGGAAGGAAGUGAGGAAUACAAAAAUAAUAAGAUACUUUUUUUUAAAGGUUGUUUGUGAUUGUGUUUGUAUUUGUGGUAAAAUGUUUUAAUAUGUUUAAUUAUUCCUUUAAUUUUCAUGGUUUUUAAGUGUUUCCAGUAGACAGAGGGGUUGUCUCUUAACUACCUCUAAAGUUCAAUGGCAACUGGGGAUGGACAGUAAAAUGUGAAAAAACAAACUACUGGAGCUACUCAGCAGGUCAAGCAGCAUCUAUGGAGGGAAAUGGACAGUAUUUCAGAUUUUUUAAAUACAUAAAGUAUUGGAGUAACUCAGUGGGUGAGGC